GACUCGCCCAUGUGCGUCAAGUCCCUCAAGGGCCUGCAGAAGGAGCUCAAGGACUCCCUGCAGCUGGUGGAGCGCAGCGCGCGGGACCAGAAGGCGGAGCCGAGGGCAGACCUCUCGGAGCUGCACGCGCUGACCGGCCUGAUGGCCGGGCGCUGGUGA